UCCAGGGAGACAAAGUUCAUCAGAAGCAGAAAGGGAUUCGCAGAUUUGGGCCUCGGUCGGUCGGUCGGAGGAGAAGGAGGGAAGGGAGCAAAGGAAGGAUGGGAGGAAGGAGCGGAGGGAAGAAGGAGAGGAGCUGGAAGAGGAGGCUCGCCCUCCGGAACAAGCUGGCCAAGGAGGCCCUGGCCGAGUUCCUGGCCACCCUCAUCAUGAUCGCGCUGGGCUGUGGCUGCGUGGCCCAGUCUGUCCUCAGCGGAGGGGCCCUGGGGGGACCGCACGUGGCCUCCUUCAGCUUUGCUCUGGCCGUCACCAUCGCUGUCUACACCGCAGGAGGCGUCUCCGGCGGGCACAUCAACCCAGCCGUCUCCUUCGCCAUGUGCCUGACCGGAAGAAUGACCUGGGAUCGGUUCCCCAUCUACGUCGCGGCCCAAUUCCUGGGUGCCUUUGCCGGGUCCGCCCUGGUCUUCGGCAUCAACUAUGAGGGCUUGAUGGCCUUCACCGGAGGGUCCUUCAACGUCACCGGCCCCAAGGCCACGGCCCACAUCUUUGCCACCUACCCCCAGGAGUACCUGUCCUUGGCCAGCGGGUUUGCCGACCAGGUGACGUCCACCUGCUUCCUGCUCCUGGGGGUCUUUGCCAUCUUUGACCAGGAGAACCUGGGGGUCCCUCGGGGGCUGGAGCCGCUGGCCGUGGGGCUCCUGGUGAUCCUGCUCAGCUCCUCCAUGUCCAUCAACUGUGGCUGCGCCAUGAACCCUGCCCGCGACCUGGCCCCGCGCCUCUUCACCUACCUGGCUGGCUGGGGGCCACAGGUCUUCACGGCCGGCAACCACUGGUGGUGGGUGCCGCUGGUGGCCCCGAUGGUGGGCGCUGCCCUGGGCGCCGCUCUCUACAUCCUCUUCAUUGAGCUCCACCACUCUCCCCACCAGGACCCUCCUGCCCUCGGCAACCAGGUCGAGCUCAAGCGGAUGGACGAGGAAGAGAAACGGUCUCACCAAAGGGACGGGGCGCUUUAGCCUCUCCUCUGGGAGGCAUGGCUGGGGUGCCCGUUGGCCUGCCCUGGGAUCGCCCUGCCCCAGGUGGGUGCAGGGGGCGGCCGGGCCUUGAACAGGACUUGGUUUGGGGCGGAAGGGAUUCGGGACCCACGGUCCACCCUGGAAGGAAGGAAGGAAGGAAGGAAGGAAGGAAGGAAGGAAGGAAGGAAGGAAGGCUGGCCUUUCAGAGGAAGACAGGCAGAACUUGGCAGAUCCCGAAUCCGCCAAUGAACCCUUGCAGGAACAGCGCAGGACGCGGACUCAAAAGGGCAUUGGGGGCUCCGAGCCUCAUUGUGAUUCCACGGGCCCCCUUGGCUUUGAAGGCACAUUGACUCUGGUGGCAAUAAAAGGCAUUUUCCUCCCG